AUUAGCGUGCUGUUUGGUUUGCGUGCAGUGGUGUGUACUGUCAUUUGGACCCAUGGAUUAAGGAGCUGCUUCGUCGAGAAACAAGGAGCAUUUGGGAACUAAAUUACAAAUUAAAACGUUAAGACCAGAGUGCGUAGGUGGAUCUUGUGGUGAGCUUUGUGUAUCCUGCACAUGUAGCAGAUGAUCCAGUCACAUAGCCUGAAGGCUGCACUGCAACAAUGCCCGAGUCCUCCCUGGUCACGGAUAUUCGCAGGAGCUCUCUUGAAUGUAGAACAUCCCCCUUGAGACAGUUUAGCCAAUCAUCGCUGUCACUACACAGAAAGUCCUUCAUGCUCAGUACCUUCUGCACAGAGAACAACGUGCAAGAAUGUCUAUCACACAUCAAUCAGGAGGUGUCAUCUCUUGGCCUGCCACCAGUUUGGACAGAGUCAGGCGGCAGCUCAGAGAUGAAUGUCGUGGCUGUGCUGAACUGCAUGUACGACCUGAUUCAGCUGCACCGCAGAGACCUCCGAACCCUGGAAAACAUGGAAUUGGAGCAGCUUAAGUCCAGCAGCAAUGUGGACUCCCUGCAGCUCACCAGCACUAAACUAAAAGAGCAGCUUGAACUGUCCAAAAGAGAGAACACGGGACUGCUUGAGAGAGAACGACAGCUACAGCUGAAAGUGAAGAGUUUGCAAAACUGCCUGAAAAAUGAAAAAGAAGAGGUUCAAAAACUUCAGAACAUAAUUGCCAGCCGGGCCAGCCAGUACAAUCAUGAGAUGAAAAGGAAAGAAAGAGAAUUUAACAAGCUGAAGGAGCGCUUGAAUCAACUUCUGGUUGACAAAAAGGAGAGGAAACAAGCCAUUGAUGUAUUGAACAACAUUGGAAGAGCUGAUGGGAAGAGAAGCCUUUGGAAAACUGAAAAGACAGAGGCAAAGCAUGAGGGGGAGAUGUAUAAGACUCUGCUCAGUGACUAUGACACCAGACAAAGGGAGCUGCUGCUGGAAAAUGCAGAGUUAAAGAAAGUGUUGCAGCAGAUGAAAAAAGACAUUGUGUCCAUUCUAAGUUCAAGGAAACCAACUUAUAAAGGCGACAAACAUCAACAAGAUGAUGGCAUACAGGCUGACUCGGAGGAGGAAGAGGAAGUAUUUGAUUCCACUAAAGAAAGCGUGGAGCUGUACUGUGUUCACGCCCGGGAGAAGCUGACCAACAGUAUUCGCCUCCAGUGGAGGAGACUCAAGAGCCACGUUGAACGAUUGGACAGCCAAGCUUCUUUAGCUCAUUUUGGCGAGAGUAAAAACACUGAUGCAGUUUCCAGAGAGACUCAUGAGGAGGAGAUGGAAAGACUGAAGCAGGAGAUCCAGCAGUGCAGAGACUUUAUUCAAACACAACAGCAGCUCCUGCAGCAGCAGCUGAGCUCUCCAUGUGAUGAGGAGACGGCAUCCCUGCUGAGCGACUGCUACAUGCUGCAGGAGAAGGAGCGCCUCCGAGAAGAGUGGACGACUCUAGAGGAACAGAGAAAGAUCUUUGAGAGGGAGAGAAGGAACUUCACUGAAGCAGCUAUAAGACUUAGCCACGAGAGGAAGGCCUUUGAGGAGGAUCGAGCGACGUGGCUCAAACACCAGUUUUUAAACUUGAGUCCAUUUGCUGACUUAAAGAAACCCCAGAUUUCAAAGUCUAAAAGUGCCUUUUUAAUAUCUGAAACAAAAGUGAGUAGUGCAUCAGGUCCAGAAAAGCUCAUCAAAUGCCUGCCUGACACAGCCUCACCCAGAUGUGUGCCACUCACAUCGCCAUCAACAGCCGACCUAUAUCGCACACUUUGCCUUAACCCAGAAAACAGCUCAACCAAACCAAAGACAAAGACUGAACAUGUUGAGGAAUCCAUGUUUCUUAAUGGAAAUGUUCCAGUUCAGCACAAACAGUGGAACGACAGUGAAGACCUCAGCCGCCACACACUCACAAAGGAAAAGAACAGCUCUAUAUGAAGCAAAAAACCUUCAUCAUGUGAAUCAGAAUUAAAGUUAAUGUCCAUUUAUUAUGGACGAAUAUGUGAUACUUCAGAAAUACACCUGGCUUGUGAAUGCCAAACACUUGCCGAUAGACUGUCAAAUGAUUAAAUGGCAACAGUCAAAGCCAAACAAGA